AUGGCACCAAAUGCAAGGACUGCAAAAGCACUUGGGGCAAUGAAGGAUCUGGGUAUCCCUGAGGAAAAAACAAUGCUAGUAUUAAAGAGACUCCUAAAAAUCUAUAAAAGAAAAUGGGAGUUUAUUGAGGAAGAAAAUUAUAGAACCCUCGCUGAUGUUAUAUUUAACGAAGAAGACGAAGAACAGGAAUUUGAAGCUGAUGAAAGACAAGUGAAAAAGUUAUGUAUACAUCAAUCAAAUAGUUCAAACCUCUCAAGAAGUGAAAAACAUAUAUAUUGGACAAGAAGCAGAGGAAAACAAGUGUCCAAUACAUUUCAAGAAGAUGGGGUCAUCUCAAACCAAUGUCCCCCAAUGCCUGAGAGUAUUGAAGAUGCCAAUGGUGUACAUGAAGACCAUUUAAUGGCAGAGAGUGAUGAAGAAAUAGGCCGUGUAAAUAUUAAAGUCUAUCCAAAAAGGAAGAUUCCGGUGGUCCUUCGAAGCCUUUAUUUGAGAGAAGUUAUCGAAAAGCUUGAUAAUUUUUCAAUCAACGAAAAACGAAUGGCGGAUCUUGUAUUUUUUGAAGAACUGGAUCCAAUGGAGAAGCUUUACGUCGGCACAAAUUCUAGUUUAUCACGUCAAGCUCUUACAACACUGCAAGAAAAUAUCGAAGUUGACAGUCAAGUAGUUGAUGUUUGGGCCAAUAUUUUAAACAUCAAUUUUACAAGACAGCCAAGACAUGAAACAAGAAAAUUUUGUUUCACAACAAUGUCCUAUGUGAUGCAACAAUAUGAUCUUAGUUUGUUUAAUACCAUACUCGAUGCCGAAAUGACUCAGUUUAACAUAUCAAGAGAAUUCCUCGAUACUACUGACCUUAUAUUCCUUCCGGUAAUCCGCAACGAACAUUUUUAUAUUAUUUGUAUUAAUAUGAUUAAACAGAAAAUAGAAAUAAUUGACAACAGACCACUUCCACGUGGUAUUAAGUACAUGGAUAAGUAUACUAAUAUAAGUCAACAUAUAGAUCUAUUUGUUAGAUUUUUAGCUGAAAUAGGUUCUCCCUUAGCUGUUCUAGUCAAAAAAUUCAAGAUAAAGAUCGUGAAAAUGCCGUGGCAAGAUGCUUCAAACAACACAUGUUGUGGAGUUUAUUGUAUGAGGCAUCUGGAAACAUAUACAGGUGAUGCCACAAAAUGGGAAUGUGACAUCACUCUCGAAAAUGAUUUUAAACUCGGAGCUGAACAAUGA